AUGAUUGCUCAUCGAGAAAGAAGUUCAUAUUCUGCGAAUGGAAAGAUUCGUUUUAUCUUUCCAGAACCUCAACUACUUGAAUAUCUUCGUCAUACAAUUAUUCAAUAUUAUUCGUCUCUUGCCGAAAAUGCUCGUCGCCUCAACUGUAUAGCAGAUGCCGAUAGAUUCAAUCAUACUGCUAAGCAGCAUUACAUGGAACUUGUAAAAGAAUUUGGAACAAGGAUCGACACGCAAAUUGCAAUUGAUGCUCAAGAUCUACCGAAUGACCAUCUUGAAAAUGAAGAUGAAGAUCCUAUAUUGUUCGACAUAUUAUUUCCACCAAUUAAUUCAUCUGCUCAGGCCCCUGCUUAA